UUCUGAUUGGUCGUCUGGCUCCCAAAUGGCGGAAGCGGGCGGGCGGGCGGUCAAUGCUGCAUUUAGCAAAUAAUCGUAUUUAUCUUGAAAAAUAUUGUGUGGCCAUCUGAGUCAGUCGUCGUUACCGUUUUAUUCUUUCGACCCUUGUUUUGCUAUCCUAACGAUUGGCAGCAGCAGCAGCAGCAGCAGCAUUCAAUUUGAGGAUCACAAAGGAAGAUGUCCUACGGCGCACCAGGGAGCGAUGGGACGGCUACCUGGAAGGAGGCAGCAAACGGCAAGAUGGAGGGGCUCAAGAACGAUAGGAUUGGGUCCAAGCUGUCCGUCGAGAGAGUAUACCAAAAGAAGACCCAGCUUGAACACAUUCUUCUUCGACCCGACACGUACAUUGGCUCCGUGGAGCCCAUCACACAGCUACUGUGGGUGUUUGAUGAAGAGGUUGGACUAAACCAGAGGGAAAUAACCUAUGUACCUGGACUAUAUAAAAUUUUUGACGAGAUUCUUGUCAAUGCAGCAGAUAACAAACAAAGGGAUAAAAACAUGAGUUCCAUCAAGAUCAACAUUGACCCUGAAUCCAACACUAUCUCUGUAUGGAACAAUGGUAAAGGAAUACCAGUGGUGGAGCACAAAGACGAGAAAAUGUAUGUCCCGGCUCUCAUUUUUGGUCACCUGCUCACCUCCAGCAACUAUGAUGAUGAUGAAAAAAAGGUUACGGGUGGGAGGAACGGCUAUGGUGCCAAACUUUGCAAUAUUUUCAGUACUAAAUUCACUGUGGAAACUGCUUGCAAGGAGUACAGACACAGUUUCAAACAGACUUGGCAGAACAACAUGAGCAAGACUUCAGAACCCAAGAUCAAGUUCUUCGAUGGAGACGAUUUCACUUGUGUGGCUUUUCAGCCGGACCUAUCCAAGUUCAAAAUGGACAAACUGGACAGGGAUACCGUAGCUCUUCUUACACGCAGAGCUUAUGAUGUUGCCGGCUCCUGCAAAGGUGUUAAAGUCACGCUGAAUGGGAAAAAAUUACCUGUUAAUGGCUUCCGCAGCUACGUGGAUCUAUACGUAAAAGACAAACUGGAUGAAACGGGUGUAGCCCUGAAGGUGGUGCACGAAAGCGUCAACGAGCGAUGGGAAGUGUGCCUUGCGAUGAGUGAGAAAGGAUUCCAACAAAUCAGCUUUGUCAACAGCAUUGCCACCACCAAGGGCGGUCGGCACGUUGACUACGUGGUGGAUCAAAUCGUGUCCAAGCUGAUUGAAGUGGUGAAGAAAAAAAACAAGGCAGGAGUGUCUGUCAAACCUUUCCAGGUCAAGAACCACGUUUGGGUUUUUGUCAACGCGCUCAUCGAGAAUCCAAGCUUUGACUCCCAGACAAAAGAAAACAUGACCCUCCAGACAAAAAGCUUUGGAUCCAAAUGCCUUCUGUCUGAAAAGUUUAUCAAGGCUGCAACCAACUGUGGCAUUGUUGAGAGUAUCCUCAACUGGGUCAAGUUCAAAGCUCAGACCCAGCUGAAUAAGAAGUGCUCAUCUGUCAAGCACAGCAAAAUCAAAGGCAUCCCCAAGCUGGACGACGCCAACGAUGCCGGUGGUAAACACUCCUCAGAAUGUACUCUCAUCCUCACUGAGGGGGAUUCGGCAAAAUCUCUCGCCGUUUCCGGACUCGGAGUCAUCGGACGCGAUCGCUACGGGGUAUUUCCGCUGAGAGGGAAGAUCCUCAAUGUACGCGAAGCGACCCACAAACAGAUCAUGGAAAAUGCUGAAAUCAAUAACAUCAUCAAAAUUGUUGGACUCCAAUACAAGAAGAGCUACGAAGACCCAGAGUCCCUGAGGAGUCUGCGUUAUGGCAAGAUCAUGAUCAUGACUGACCAGGAUCAAGAUGGGUCCCAUAUCAAAGGUCUGCUCAUCAACUUCUUUCAUCACAAUUGGCCGUCCCUGUUGAAACACACCUUCCUGGAGGAAUUUAUCACACCCAUUGUCAAAGUUUCCAAGAAUAAGCAGGAGCUGGCCUUUUACAGCAUUCCCGAGUUUAACGAGUGGAAGAAACAGACAGACAACUAUAAAAGCUGGCAUGUCAAGUACUACAAAGGUUUGGGUACAAGUACAAGCAAAGAGGCCAAAGAAUAUUUUUCUGAAAUGGAGAGGCAUCGCAUCACUUUCCGAUACAAUGGUGCCGAGGAUGACGCUGCCAUCACCUUGGCCUUCAGUAAGAAGAAAACGGAUGACAGGAAGGAGUGGCUCACCAACUUCAUGGAGGACAGACGGCAAAGAAGAAUUCACGGUCUCCCUGAGCAAUACCUGUAUGGAACGCAAGCCAGACAUCUGUCCUACAAUGACUUUAUCAACAAGGAGCUGAUUCUGUUCUCCAACUCUGAUAAUGAGAGAUCCAUUCCUUCCUCGGUCGAUGGCUUAAAGCCUGGCCAAAGAAAAGUGCUUUUCACUUGCUUAAAAAGGAAUGACAAGAGGGAGGUGAAAGUUGCACAGCUGGCUGGUUCAGUUGCAGAGAUGUCAGCGUAUCAUCAUGGAGAGCAAGCACUCAUGAUGACCAUUGUCAAUUUGGCUCAAAACUUUGUGGGCAGUAACAACGUGAACAUCCUGCAGCCACUCGGUCAAUUUGGCACUCGCAUCAAUGGAGGCAAAGACGCCGCCAGCCCUCGUUAUAUCUUCACCAUGCUCAGUCCUCUUGCCAAGCUGUUGUUUCCAGCAGUGGACUCCAACCUGCUGAAGUUCCUUUAUGAUGACAACCAGAAGGUGGAGCCAGAGUGGUACAUUCCCAUCAUUCCCAUGGUGCUGGUCAACGGCGCAGAGGGCAUCGGAACAGGUUGGGCAUGUAAGAUUCCCAACUACGACCCCCGAGAGAUUGUCAACAACAUCGGUCGGAUGCUGAACCACCAAGACCCGCUCGCAAUGCUUCCCAGAUAUAAAAACUUCAAAGGGCUGAUCGACGAACUGGGUCCCAACCAGUACCUGGUUAGCGGAGAGGUGUCGGUCCUCGACAAGAACACCAUCGAGAUCACAGAACUUCCUGUGCGAACGUGGACGCAGGCUUACAAGGAAUCUGUGCUGGAGCCCAUGUUGCAGGGCACGGAAAAAACGCCGUCGCUCAUCAGCGAUUACAAAGAGUACCAUACAGAUUCCACCGUGAAGUUUGUGGUUCGUAUGGCUGAGGAAAAACUAGCCCAGGCUGAGGCGGCCGGCCUCCACAAAGUUUUCAAGCUUCAGUCCAGCCUCACCUGCAACUCGAUGGUUCUCUUUGACCACAUGGGUUGUCUGAAGCGAUACGAUUCUGUCCAAGACAUUCUCAAGGAGUUCUUUGAGCUGCGCCUCCACUACUACAAACUUCGAAAGGACUGGUUGAUGGGUAGCCUGGGAGCCGAAGCGGCUAAACUGUCCAAUCAAGCUCGUUUUGUUCUGGAGAAGAUCGAAGGGAAAAUUUCAAUUGAAAACAAAUCCAAGCGCGAGCUGAUCCGCAUGCUGGUACAGAAAGGCUACGAGUCUGAUCCUGUAGCUGCCUGGAGCAAGGCUCAAGAAAAGGCGCAAGAAGAUGACAAUCAGAACGGAAAUGAGAGUGACGGCUCAUUGCACUCGGGCACGUCGUCGGGCCCAAAUUUCAAUUACAUCCUCAACAUGUCUCUAUGGUGCUUGACCAAAGAGAAGGUGGAGGAACUCUUGAAACAAAGAGACCAGAAGACAGGAGAGCUCGAGAAUCUCAAGGAGAAAUCUCCAGAGCAUCUAUGGAAGGAGGACUUGGCCGUUUUCCUAGAAGAAUUAGACAAUCUCGAGGCACUUGAGCGAGAAGAGCAAAUUUUAGGCAAAGCCGUCAAACUCGUCAAAGGUAAAGUUGGUAAACCUAAAGCCAAGAAGCUGAAUCUGGAGGAGACCAUGCCGUCGUCAUUUGGCCGCAGGGUGGAGCCUCCGUCUCAGCUGCUGAAAUCUGAAGCAAACAAGAAAUUGAGCAGAAAGAGGAAGCUUGACUCUGAGCCACUUGUGAAGUUGGAGGGUGACGAUGAGCUUUUGGGCCAAGAUGCCACGACGGGCGAAAGUCCUCUUGUCAAACCAAAGACUCCACGUAUGAAGAAGGACAAGAAAGAACCAGGAGUUCCCAGAGUGAGAAAAACCCCAGGGCCAAAAGGAAGUCCUGUAAAGAAGGUGAAAAAAAGAAAUCCCUGGUCUGAAGAUGAAUCCAAUUCAGACAGCGAUCAGGAGAAUAGUCAGCCCGCCAUCAUCCCAAGAGAGACAAAGUCUCAGAGGACAUCAGCAUCCAAGCCAAAAUACACAUUUGACUUCUCAGAGGAAGAAGAUGAGGCUGAGAAUGAAGACGACGACGACAUUGUGGCCACUUCUAUGCCCAAUGCAUCGGAAAGCCGGGACUGUGACAGUGGCCGCGUUGAUGACGACGAUUACGACAAAGAUCAGAAGACCGUGUCCGGGCCUGUGGCUAAAAACAAAGAGACGGCCACUAUAUUCUCUUCUAAGUCUGUCUUCUCAGACGAGGGCAACGACAGCGAGGGGUCCAAAGCUGCUGCUGCUGCUGCUGCUGCUGCUGCUGCUGCUGCUGAUGAUGAUGAUGAUGAUGAUGCUGAUGAUGAUGAUGAUGAUGAUGAUGUCGACAACAACAGUUUUUCCACCAUUUCAAGCAGUUCUGCGUUUGACAGACAAUCACUAGCAAAAAAAGGGUCCAAGACAUCAUCUGGCGCAGUUCCAAAAGCGAGGAAGACACCUACACAAAAAACAAAGAAAGCUGAUAAAUCACUCUGGGAUUCUGACUCUGACACCGGGACCAAGAAAGUAUCUCUUAAAGGUAAAGGUCAAGGAACAAAGAGAAUGCCAUCUGGCUCUGGGGAUGACGAUUAUAGUCCAGUGAAGAAAAUGGCAAAAGUGAAGUGUCACGAUCCUCCGUCCAACGACGAGAACGACGGCAACAGUCAGGGUGCCACCAACGCUCCGUGCCGGGCCGGCCGCGCAAAGAAGGAGGUCAAGUACUUUGCCGAAUCCGACAAUGAUCAUGACAUGUUUGACUAAAUUCUCUUUUGACAAAGUUGGCUCGCUCCCCUCCUAUGGAAUUCUUUUACUCCCCACGGAAUUUGUACAUCUCCUCUUAAAAUGUUAUUUUGUUAAUGGUAUUGUUUUAUUUUUUUAUGUGUAGUUUGAAAAUGUUGACGCAUUUCUUUUUUAUGUCGAUUGAAACAUUCUGUAUUUGUCUGAGGCAGGUUUUAGAAGUUUAGAAAAGCUUUUAAUUGUGAAAGGAUAACGUCACUUUUUAAAGAAGUAGGAGUAAACCAUGAAAUAUGUGUCACCUCUGCUAGUUUUGGAUGAUUCAAGACAACAAUGACAUUGUAUAUGGAGCACUAUUUAGUCACUCAAAACAAGUGUUUCACUAAAGUGUGUGUGUCAAAUAUAUGACUUCUGCCGUGUGAAGAAGUAGCUGAAAAUUCUUUUGUCUGUAACCAAAAGAUGACCAUAAUCCACAUCUAAACGCCAACAAAUCCUAUUGGCGAAUAAAACAUGUUUCAACCAG